ACCAAUCAAAAACCAACAACAACGACGACGAAGACGGUGACGGAGUGACGAUCACGGAGCAAGAAAAAAGAUUGUUUGUUUCGCUGCAAACCAAGCGCCACCAAACCAUCGGAUCGGGGUGGAUGCCGUGAAGAAAAUAAUUGUAAGACAAUCUCGAAGUCGAAAGUGUGGUUACGCGACGCUCUCCGACGGCCACCCGGGUAGGCAGGAAGGCAGAUAGGUAGGUAGGCAGGCACUACUACUCUUAGUCGGUGCAGUGCAGUGCAGCAACAAAUAUGACCGAAUACAAACUGGUGGUGGUUGGGGCUGGAGGCGUUGGCAAAUCCGCCCUUACGAUACAGCUCAUCCAGAACCACUUCGUGGACGAGUACGACCCAACCAUCGAGGAUUCUUACCGCAAACAGGUGGUAAUCGAUGGCGAGACUUGCCUGCUGGACAUACUGGACACUGCUGGUCAAGAGGAAUACUCCGCUAUGCGUGAUCAAUACAUGCGAACCGGUGAAGGUUUCCUGCUCGUGUUUGCUGUCAACAGUGCCAAAAGCUUCGAAGAUAUAGGAACCUAUCGAGAACAGAUCAAACGCGUUAAGGAUGCCGAAGAGGUUCCCAUGGUGCUGGUUGGGAACAAAUGCGAUCUACAGGCGUGGGCUGUCGACAUGAACCAGGCGAGAGAUGUGGCGAAACAGUACGGAGUUCCCUUCGUUGAAACGUCCGCCAAAACCCGGAUGGGGGUCGAUGACGCUUUCUACACGCUCGUGCGUGAGAUCCGCAAGGACAAGGAAAGAGGGAAGAAGAACCGAAAGCACAACAAGCUCGGUUCGAGCCGCCGCUUCAAAUGCGAACUAUUAUAAUAUGUGUAAUAUGUGUUCUGUUUUCGAUAUAUGCAAAACAUUAAGUGCUGCCUGCUCUUUACUUUUGCGUUAUCAAUCUGGCGCGCAUAGAGAAGUGACCGCACAAAUCAUAAACUCAAUCUGUAUUUGUUACCGUCUCCUACGGUUGAGAGAAACGAAAAUGAUUUAAGAACAAAAGCAUACUAAUUAAGAUAUCGAGGAAAAAAAACUAUGAUCUACUACAAUUAUUAUUAGUGUAACAAAAUUAUACCCUUUGGAGAAUGAAAACAAGAAAAAAACAAGCUAUGUAAUCCCAGAAAUGAGAGAAACAAAAGGGAAACAAAAUCAACCCGAAUCCACGAACAAAAAAAAAACUCGUGAGAACACGUAGACAAAAUACGAUGGUAACCAUUAGCUUUAAAAAUCUUAUUCUUUACUACGCAAAUGUAUUUUAAAUUUCCCCCACUUUUUAUUAUCAGUGCUAUUUAAAACUAUAGUUGUCAUAAUCACUCUAGCAAAACGAUACGUCGAACAAUUAAUCAGUAAUAGGAGAGAUUUUCGCUAACUGGAUCCGUUCCUCCAAACCAUGUUUUAAGAAGAUGAAAAUAAAAACAAAAAUUCAAACUGUAUUACAAAAUAUUCAACAUUGAACUGACGCAUCAUUGAUAAUUCUGGAAAAUAAAGAUUACUUCGUCUACUUAUUAUA